AUAGCGGGGCGAGCGUGUCGGAGUGUUUUUGUUCUGUGUCCGGGCGGCCCCGCCCCUCGCAGUGUGGCGCGUUACUGACGCCCGUGACGCCUUUCCACGUCGCAGUCGAUCCCAACAGACGAGCGAGCUGCGUAUGUCUGCGUGUCUCCAGCUAGGCUAGUAAGGGAGUGAUGGCGGCGCCCGUCCUCAGAGUGUCCACCCCGCGGUGGGAGAGAAUAGCCCGGUUUGUAGUGUGCCUACUGGGCAUGCUAUUGUCUCUUUAUGCGUUCCACGUCGAGAGGGAAAAGGCCCAGGAUCCCAGUUAUCAGGCUCUGUGCGACGUCAGCAGCUCCAUCAGCUGUUCCAAAGUGUUCAGCUCAAGGUGGGGUCGAGGAUUUGGACUCCUGGGCUCAAUUUUUGGAAAUGACAGUGCACUGAACCAACCAAACAGUGUCUAUGGAAUUGGCUUUUAUGCUUUUCAACUCCUACUAGGAAUGACUGUAAGUGCAAUGGCUGCCCUCAUUCUCAUGAUGACGUCCAUCUUGUCGGUAGUGGGCUCGCUCUACCUGGGCUACAUCCUUUACUUUGUCCUUAAGGACCUGUGCGUCAUCUGCAUCACCACGUACGUGCUGAACGUCAUCCUCUUUAUCCUCAACUACAAACGACUGGUUUACUUGAACGAGGCCUGGAAGCAGCAGCUGCAGGCCAAGCAGGACUAAAAGCUGUGCAGGAAAAUGUGAUAGAAACCGAUAGAAAUGUGACUGACUGAACAUUUGACUUUGCCACCAGGAGACCUUGCUUCCAAACCAUGUUCAUCCUGCUGUUUUCCCAAAAAAAAAGGACAUCUAGCACGAAACCAUACUGUUGAUUGGAUACACGAAGGAUUUGUUUUACUUUCACUUCAUCCUAAAUUGUUCUAGUGACGAAAGGAAAGAGGCGGAGGCCCUCAACGCAACACAAUGGAGGAUCGGAAAGAAGGACCCAAGAGACGCCACCUCAAAACAGUAAGCUGGCGGAUUCCAAAAAUGAGAAAACACCCUAAGAAAGUCCUAUGUGGAGUUUGAAGGGAACAAAACGAUCAACAAUGUUGUUGUUUUUUCCUUCAUGUUUACACUUUCUAGUUAGCUUUUUGUUGUUUUCUUAAGAGGACCACUAAAGAUGAACGUGAGCUGUCAUCGUCGUUGUGUAGGUCGGUCAGAUAGUUUGUUUUUCCAAUUCUGUAAAUAGCCGGUGAGCAAUAUUUCAGGCUUGAUCGAUUGACAAAACGUGGAACAAAACUAGGUCACAAUUGGUGGAUGUCCUGUUUGCUUCAUUUGAAGCCACAGACUUGCAACAAAGCGCCAUCACUUCUGUUACCGAGUGUUCAACAUAAAGACUUAUGUGCCUAAAGCAUCGCUCAUUUUGACUCCACCUGACUUUCCUGUCAAAGCUUUAUUUUUUAGGAUCACAGUUUUGUAUUGUUUGUCCCUCCUCCAGUCUCACAUGGUAGCAAAGGCGGCUACACUGUGAUUAUGUGUACACUCCACCUUCAUUGAACAGUAAUGGUGAUGCUGCCAGGCGGAGUUACGCUUCAUUCGCAGUACAAAAACGUGGGGAAUGUUUUUUGGACGCUUGCGUUCGGCGUCUUGAAACAGCACGUAGAGCCAUACAGAGCCAGUUAGGUCUGGAUUCCAGUUAAGGUAAUCAUUGACAGAGAGAACAGGUGUUACAUUUCUAUAGAUUGUAAGGGCCACACUGACAAGAACAAUGAUGAACGUGUUACAAGAUUAAAUGUGAUGGGGAAACUUAGGGAACCACGGGUACAAAAUUGAACGGUACGCACCACUGUUUUUCAUACAGACUGCGCGUGUUCGAUUCCCAGCCAGAGCACCAACACCCAGCUAUUUGAGUCGUCCAAUGCCAGUUGCAAUCCUCCGGAUGGAGAAAAAAAAGGCCAAACAAAUCAUGCGAGUGAGGAGGAAAAGCCAAAAACCAGUUAGAAAAUCUUAAAUUUAAGGAAAAAAAAAAGUUGUAAUAUCACAAGUGUAAACAUUCAUGUGUCUUAAUGGCGUAAUGAAACAUGGCAGAAAAGGGAUUAUCCUUGUAACACCGGAGUGUCAAACUCACUUUCAUGAUGGGCCACAUUGCAGUCACGGACACCCUUCAAGGGCCACGUCAUGAUAUUGAUCAGUCACUACAGGACUUUGCCAUGUUACCAUUGCGCCAAUUCAACACAAUUCCAGAGAAUUAUGCGCAGCCGCACAACUUUGUCUAAAAUCCGUACUGGAAUGGAACACAACUGUCUAACCGAUCAAAUGAUAAUUUUGCGCAACUUUUUGAAAAUGCAGCAAAAUCAGUCAUUUUAGGUCGGAACAGUCACACCAAAAAACCCUGGAGGGUGUGAUUAUUACAUCAUUUGAUUAUUAUCAUGCUUUACACAAGAAACUGCGUUGCAAUCAGUAGCAAAGUGAAAAGCAGGUAUUUAGGUUCAGCGACUGUAGAAUUUAAUUUUAAGAGUUUCGAUGAACAAAAUAAAGCAAAUGAAUCAUUUAAAAUCUAUUUGCAUGCAUUAAAAUGUAUUCCGUCAAAAUCUCAAUACCGCAUAAUAAACAAGAAUGUUGAAAUGCCUUAUUGACACACAUUCUUUACAGACUUUUGCCGGCCAAAUUCAUUGCAGUGGCCUUGAGUUUGACACCUGUAUUGUAUUACAUCCGUUACACAAUAUUUUGGCUUUCGUGAUUGGCUGGCAACCAGUCCGGGGUGUACCUUGCCUUUCACCCAAAGUCAGCUGGGAUAGGCUCCAGCGUACCUGUGACCAAAAUGAGGACAAGUGGAUGUAAUGACAUGCAUCCAUUUUGGGCGAGAGGAAGUGUUCAUUGUCAUAAUAUUUCAACUUUUUUAACAUAGUUCUUAAUAUUUUUUUGUCUUAAAGUAAGGUAUUUAUUGAAAAAUUAUGAUUGUCAAAAUGACACUUAAAUUAAGGCACAUUAAAUUACAUUCAAUUUCAUGUACGGUAAUUAUUUUUUUCUUGAACUAGGACUUUAAUUUUCCUUUUUCCAGUAUGUCCUCAAUACUCCUUGGUACAAUUUCAACUCACACGCACACUCCAAACCAUACAGUCGGUCACAGGACAAUAUCAGUACACUAAAGAGGUUCUAUCUCGUAUAUUGAUGUGACACAUAUAAAACGUCGAAGGUCAACACCCCCAAAUACUGUAGAAUUUAAGCGUGCUCUGAGCACAGUUUUGCAAAGGGAUGGAUCGAUAGUUUUUUCCCCAAGUACUAGAGAUGCGCGGUUUGCGGGCACAACCGCGGAGUCCGCGGAUUGGGCGGAUGAACUUAAAAAAAAUUAGAUUUUAUCCGCGGGUCGGGUCGGGCGGUUGAAAAAAAAAAAAAGAAAGAUUUUAAAUAGAUUCAGGCGGGUGGCAGUUAAACCAAUUCGGAAAUAUAUAUACAUAGUUAAAUGUUGUUACCCACAUACGAAAAACGAGCAGGCACCUGCUGCAUAUGCCACAACAGAAGAAAAAAGAAAGAAAAGAGAUGGACACUUUUACGGAGCGGAGAAGGGACGCCUCGCCGGGGUCCGGGACCGAGGCCCCUUCCCCCGAGAGGGCCCCACCGGGAGCCGUAGCUGAGGCGAUCCGCGAGAAGGGCCCGACGCACGUCCAGUGUCACCACCGCGCCCACCGCACCGACACCCCGCCUUCGCCGCGGCCGGCGUCACGCGCAGCAGGUAAGCAGCUUACCUGCCCGCCACCCCCGUGGCCGGGGGCUCGUAACAGGGGUCACUCCGCGCGCUACGCCCGCGCAGCUUACCUGCCCGCCACCCCUGUUGCCGGGGGCGCGUAACAGGGGUCACUCCGUGCGCUCACGAAAGGGGUGGGGCUCACCCUGGUUGAUAUAGACAGCAGGACGGUGGCCAUGGAAGUUGGAACCCGCUAAGGAGUGUGUAACAACCCACCUGCCGAAUCAACUAGCCCUGAAAAUGGAUGGCGCUGGAGCGUCGGGCCCAUACCCGGCCGUCGCCGGCAGCGAGACGUGCUUGGAGGUGCGCUCAGCGCGGCUCCCAUAUGAUUGCGCACUGGUGUGCGUCUGGGUCGUGACAGCGUGGCACGCGAAUGUCUGUGCUGCAUUGGAUCAGUCUCCUUUCUUUAACAGGCAAAAGCUUUAUAACCUCACUAAUGCCUUGCAUCGUCUAUAUUAGAUAUAUAACAACGGGCGGGUGCGGUUCUGAUCAAAUGUUAGAUCGGGUGGAUGGCGGAUGGUUGACGACUUUCUGAUGCGGUUGCGGAUGAAAUAAUUGCCUAUCCGCGCAUCUCUACCAAGUACGGUGUUAGAAAAGUCUUUUCAGUAAUGUGCUUCCUGUAAUAACUUCCAAAUCGUCUUUUGUUUUUCUGUACAAAAGUGAUCAUUUGUUCUUGUGCGUUUUGAUUCUGUCGACUACUCAUCAACCGCUUCUCAUGCCGAAUGUCAUAAUGUAUGAAACACAAAAAAGUUAUACCUCAUUUCUGAACAUACUGUGGUGUCCAUUCAUUCGUGGAAGGACAUGUUACCUGACAAAUGAGUUACGGCAGCAUUCUAUUGGAAUGUGAUUGGACAACAUCACAUGUGUCACAAUGGGAGAAACAAAACUUAACACUGUGGAAUGUUUUGGAAAAUAUUUGGCUAAGUUGAUGACAUGCACUGUCUUGCACGUAUACAUAAUCUUUCUCAUACAGCACAGUGGAACCCGCUUAAGUCGACAACUUGUCUACUGUAUGUCCGCUGUUAAAAUGACAACAUACAACAGAGAUAUUCAACUUAAUUGUUAUGGGGCCACAUUUCCAGAAAGCUAAGGACUGGACUUCACCCUUCUCUAUGUGGGACCUAAAAGGGCCAUUUCAACAAUUAUCUUGACGUGUUGUAGUAUGUUGACUUAAUUUUUGCCAAGCUGUGUGGACUACGGUUGAAUUCCACAUCACCUUCAAAAUAAUAGCAUAGCACUAUUAACCCGCAGCAACUAACAAAAAAAUGCACCCAAUUAAAUUAAAUUUAGGUUGAUAGCCAUGUGCGUGAACGAAAGCUGUAUUGUCAUUGUCGAUUAUAGACUAUUUAGAGAGAUCUAGUUGACACCAACAUGGAGCGUUACAAUAGUCAAGGCAAGAAUUGAUAAAAGCAUUAUUGCUUUACUUUAACCAGAAGGCGCAGCUGAAUAAAACAGUCGAUUCGUCUGGCAAAAUUCAGAUUGUUGUCCAGAUUAACAACCAGAUUAUUUACCACAGCAUUAGUGUGGAGUUAGGAGUGUUAAAUCCAAACAAUGCUAAAACCAACACUAAAUCUAUGCCCAACAAUAGGUCUAAUCUAACCUAUCUAUACCCUAACUCUUAACACUGCUAAAUAACUCAACCCUUUUCAAACCUUAAUCCUACAUAUAAUACUAAUCCUAACACUAACAAUAUUUAAAAAAAACAAACCCUAGUUCUAACGGUGUGUUCAAUUUGUACUAGGAAGUCGGAAUUUCAGAGUUCCUAGUCGCAAAGUUAUACAGGACUUUUGCAGUCAUUAGUCGUGACUGCAAAAGUCCUGUCGAGUACAACUUAAUAAUAAUAAUAAUAAUAAUAAUAACUGGGAUUUAUAUAGCGCUUUUCUAAGUACCCAAAGUCGCUUUACAUGUAGAACCCAUCAAUCAUUCACACCUGGUGGUGGUAAGCUACUUUCAUAGGCACAGCUGCCCUGGGGUAGACUGACGGAAGCGUGGCUGCAAUUUGCGCCAACGGCCCCUCCGACCACCACCUAUCAUUCAUCAUUCAAUUCACCGGUGUGAGUGGCACCGGGGGCAAAGGGUGAAGUGUCCCGCCCAAGGACACAACGGCAGCGAUUUUUUGGAUUGUAAGAGGCGGGGAGCGAACCUGCAACCCUCAGGUUUCUGGCACGGUUGCUCUACCCACUACGCCAUGCCGCCCCUAUAACUUGAACUAUUGAACAGACCCUAGAAAAAGUAUACAAUAUAUGAAAACGGAAGAAUAAAAAUAUGCAAACUUUGUGUGUGACCAAGUCCCAAAUAAAUGUGUAAGUAAUGACUACCGGUAGGUAAAAUUUUGGUUCGGUCCCUGUGUUUAGCCCGUCUGAGUGAUGUCGACAUAAACGGGUUCCAUGGUCGUCAUAUUUUAUUGUUAAUCUCAACACAAAACCCCUCCCACUUUAUGUUUUCAUUUGGGGCACACUCACAUUGAGGUUGUCCUAUGGAAUCACUCGCACAUUCAAUUUUCUAUUGGAUCGAAUGACGACUUGCUACGUUUUACUGCGAGUAAUGACCAUAUAGCUGACAAGCGUCGUUAAAAGUAUCGGUCAUCACGUUAGCAAUUCAGACGUCUUGAAAGGGAUUGAUGUGCGAUCAUUUUAAUGUUAAAAAAAAGAGGUCAAAGCUAUGAAUAUGUUUUUCUUUCAUGUUCACUUCGGCCCUGAGGAGAACUGCCAUGUUAGUUGCAUCACCACCAAUGCCAACUUAAGUGCCUUCUGUUUAAUCGCUAGGCCUUGAGCCAAAGACAGGCAACAGUGAUAGCCUUUAAAAAAAAUGUAACAGGCACUGACAAAUUGGGGAAAAAAAACAAAACAAGAAGUCCUGUCAAUCAACGGUCAUUCCUUACGCCCACUUUUUAAACGUUCAUCCUAUUUUGUCACGUUUGUUCAUCAAAAGGAUUGUAACUUUCUUCAUCAUCAAUUCUGCCCUUUAGCUGUAUGGACUGUUAACAUUCGGGGUUAUUUUAUAGUUAAAGUAAAAAAACUGGAGGGGGUGGAAUGCUGGGAAUCCACGUGUCAGCAAAUCUUGCAAUUCUCUUUGUGGAUGAAAAAUGUACUGGGUUUGCUUGUGUAUUGCCAAAAGUGUUGAAAACGUUGUAUUUUCUUACCUGGAAAAAGUGUUACAUGUAUGUGGGGGGCUGGGUGCUAAAAAUGGUACAAUUUCUAUUGAAUUAAGGGAGACUGUGGAAGAGACAUGAGAACAUUUGAAAUUGUGGCACUGUCUUGUGGAAACGAUCAACCAUUAAAACAUUCCCUCUGAAACUA